UGUGGUAAGCUAAAAUUUAUUGGAGUGCUUUGAGAAAGUUCUCAAUUCCAUUUCGAGUCUGAAAGCCGUAUCAGCCAUGUCAUCAUCACAAACUGAAAUCUUUACACAAAGCGGUGCUAUCGAAAUGAUGGAAAUGGAGUUGGAAAUGAAGGAGUUCAAUUCCUGCGCUCAAUCGGAGUCCAAUUUGGAUGACCAGCAGAGACUUUUGGAUACCCAGGCCCAGGUGGACGAGGUGGUCGGGAUAAUGCGGGUGAAUGUGGAGAAGGUCCUGGAACGCGAUCAGGCGCUAUCCGAACUAUCCGAACGAGCUGACCAACUGGAACUGGGAGCCUCUCAGUUUGUUCGACAGUCCGGGCGAUUGAAACGCAAACACUGGUGGGCCAAUGUGAAGAUGAUGGUAAUUCUGGGCAUAAUCACAGUAAUUCUACUCGCCAUAUUACUGGUUUACAUUUGGCCAACUGGCAGUGGCGAAGUAGCAAAGGUCAUCACCAAAGGACCUCAGAAGUAACUGCUGUUGGAUGAAGAAAACGGAACACAGCAGUCAUGUCAUUCUUAGAACUUUAUGUUAAAACUAACAGAUCCACACAAGUGCUCAUAUUUUUCCCAAUUUGAAAUACAGAACCAUAUUACACAUUACACUAAACAAGAUGAGAAAUGAUCCGUUUUUUUCCGUGCAAUGGUGCAUGGCUGUGGAAGCAAUUGAUUUCGAGCCGAGCUCGUUAAUUAAAACAACAAUCACUGCACACACAGAAGACAGAAGACUGAAGACCGAAUACCACAGACCCCAGAAGAUGGGGACAGAAGACCGUAGACAGUAGACCGUAGACAGGCGGUACUUGGGCAAGUGGAGAACUUGAUUGGGAUAUUCAAUUUGGAAGAGGCAUACGAUUCUAAGAUGCGUGGGCUGCACUGCAAGAACACUUGUUAAUGGCAUUCAUUUGCCGCACCGCCGAAAACCUUUAUGACCACAAUCAAAAUGCAAAUUUGUGACUGCUGUUUUUCGGAUCGGUUGUUGCUUUAUAGCGACGUUCUGUUCUGGCAAUCAAAUGGAAUCCGAAUCCAAAUGCGAAUCAGAUGCAAACAAUGUCAAAUGUUUGCCACUUGAUUUAGAUGGAGAGAUACGGCUGACAUGCGCACGAAUAACUUGAUUAUGGGGUAACUAGAGGCAAUCAGCAGUCUGUUUUUAGAGAUCCAAGAUGAAGAACUGGUUCUGUUUUGGAAUCAAAUGUGCAUUUGACUUGGAGUCAAUUCCAAGUUAAUUCGCGAAGGCUUCUUCGGAAAUCUUUGGGCGACUUAACCCUUUAUUAUUUCACUAGCUUUCCCCCGCUGCGACUUUGCUUGCUGAAAAAAAAAGGCACUGGAAAUACGGAAAAAUCGAUAAUGAAAAUGGGUUAAAAUUACCUUGAGAGUAUGGUUUUAAAAUUUAAAUAAAAUAAAUCUAGUCCUAACAUUUGCUGAUUCCAAACUAAAGAUCUUAGCCUUUAGAUGGCCCUGCCAAUUAAGCUUUUCUCUUGGGCUUUUUUCCCAGCCCAAUUUACAGACUUGG